UGUAAGUGCCUGGUCCGGUUAUCAGAGCGGUUUGUCAAAGCAACAGCAGAUGCAACGUCCAGCCGGGUUUAAGUCUGCUAAGAAGCCACUAGUCCAAUUAACCGAGGGGAGGCGGAAAUCCGCGCACGCAGGCUGUAAAAACAACUUAUCUGCUCCUCCUCGGCCCGACGAUGGAUAUGAGCGCCGCUCCGGUGUAUGAUGACAACCUGAUACUACGACAGCCCGCCAUCAGCAGACAAGUUGGAGCAGGAGCGACACGGUGUCAUCAGUGAGAUGCUGGUGUAAUUUUAAGCGGUUGUAGACGCGAUUCGGGCUCUCACAGUAAAGCCUCUGUAAGCUCCUGGAGAGAAGCUGUCUCAGGCCCUGGGCACGCGUCAUUUGGCGACGCUGCGGAGUUUCCUCGGACUGUUUGUGAACGCGGAUCGUGAACAUGGAAACAUUCACUGAUGUGCUGCUUGUCACCGCAAAUGUCGGGUCACUCUUUGACAAUUUGGGUGAAAUUCAAAGUGAGUGGCUACAAGAAUUGUAUAAGACUAUCCACAGCUACAAGCCACAGUUCAUCGCCCUGCACUUCCAGGAGGUGGGCGGGAAGGACUACAUGGUUAACAUGGGCCAUGCAGACAACUUCUUCCGGAGCAUCGAGUCCAAUGAAGAAAUGAAAGACUAUGACAGGGUCUGCAUCUAUGUGGACAACCAGUUCCAAGCAGAGGACGUCUUCACCGCUCUGGGGAGCAUGUACUUCAUCCACAAGACACUGAAAAACAUCUACCAAUAUGACUUUAAUGUUAAGGAUUUUAAAGCGGUGUCGGGGCAGAACAAGUACGUGGGCUCUCUGGCCGGGGUCACCACAGUGGAGAAAGAAAAAUUCCCAAAGAAUUUCUGGCCUGAUUUCAAAUGGUCCAGAAAGGGCUUCAUGAGGACCCGCUGGAUCAUACACAAUCAAGGUCUGGACCUGGUCAAUGUCCACCUGUUCCAUGAUGCCUCCAACCUCACUGCCUGCGAAUCCAGUCCUUCCAUUUACUCAGCUAACCGCAAAAACGCUCUCAGAUACGUCAUCAACAGGAUAUCAGACAGCCGCUACACUCCUCUGCCUUUCUUCCUGUUUGGAGACUUCAACUUCCGCCUGGACACACUUAGUCUGGUCCAGCAUCUGUCCACCUCAGCAGAUGUGCAGACAGUGAAGAAGGACAGCAGCAAUGAAGUGGAGAAAAUCAUCUGUGAAGAAAAAGACAAUGACCACCAGGUGUUGCUCCAAAUUGAGGAGAAGCUGUUUGCCUAUCUGCACCAGGCAUAUUUCAGGGAGGACAACGUCCCAUCACUUUUGAAAUAUGACAAAGAAGUUGCAGUCUUUCAUGAUGUUAUCAGAGAAGAGGACAUCAAGUUUCCACCCAGCUACCCCUACAGUGAAGAGUACACUAAACCGACCCAGUACAUGAACACUCGCUGUCCGGCCUGGUGUGAUCGUAUUCUCAUGUCGCACACUGCCCAAGAAUUCAUCCACAGGAGAGAUGACGAUGAGAGGGGCGUUGUUUACGACACAUUGGGGCCUAACGUCUGUAUGGGAGACCAUAAGCCUGUUUUCCUGUUUUUCUCACUGAAGACAAACGGCCAUUGACUUUGAUCCUUCUCAAAGGUCCCAUCCUUGGAGCUCCGCCACAGUAUCAGUACCAGAAGGUAAUCAGCUCAAUGGUUACUAACUACAGCCCACCCGCCGCAGGCCUCGACUCAGUUUAACGCCCCAUCCUAACGUAACUGGUUUCUCACAUCUGCUCUCGCUGCCACACACUGUCGACCACAGCUUUAGUGACUUGAGCACAGAUUAAUCUGCAGCUGUCAUGAAUUUCUGAGGCAGUUUUCCUCUCACUCGCAGACGUCCCCUGGCCUGAAAACCCAGUCACACUGAGGAUGUUCCUAGAAUUCCUGCUGUGUUUUUUUUGUUUUGUUUUGUUUUUUUCAAAUGGGACCAAACAAUGAUGUAAAGACUCAAGUGUGUGACUCUGGACCAGGCCCUUUACACGGACAUGUACAUGCAUAUGCAAAACCUUCUUAAAUUUUUUUAUUAGUGUGAUUGAAACUGUUGACUUUUUGAAAAUAUGUCUUUUAUUUUACAGGCAGUGUCAGACAAACCCCAGGCCAGCAGAUCACAAAUUUACUCAUUCCUCAUUGGCCCUAAAUAAUUGAUUAAAUCUCACCAGUUAGUCAGGCCACACUGUUGCAACUGAACUAGAGAGCUUCCACUCAGUAAAUUUUAACUUAGCAGUUGAAUUCAGCCAAUCAUAAUCCAGUAUCAUGAAGUAAUGUGUAGCUAAAGAUAUAGAAGAGUAUUAGUGUUAUCAUGAGGCAGAGUGUAUGUAGAGAUUGAAUCAUGAAAACUAAACAAUAUGGGAUCUUUAAUAUCAAGUAUUGGACAUAGGUCCUACUGACUACAUGUGUAUGCUUUUAUUUUGUAUUUGAUGCCAUUUUUAGUUCAGGUAUUUAUUUUGUUGAAGUUGUUUACUAUGACUGUAAGCAGCAUUUCACACCAGAGGGAAACACAGUAGAGGAAUGCUGCUAUCUCAGUUUCCUGUCCACGUCUUUGAUCAGAUGUCCUCUGUAGAUAAAACCUCGAAGAAUUUCUUACUGACAUGUUGUUUUUCAUACAUGUGGCUACUUCACACACAGCGGCUUUAACUAUGUCAGAUGUGUCCUGAUCACAUAACAAAAUCAGUUUCAGAGUGGAUUUUGAUAAAGUUUUUAAUACUGACAUUAUUUAGAAAGGACACUAGACAGUCUUAACAUUUUAAAGCAACAACGAACCAACCGCAGCAGUCUAGUCUGUUUAUGAAUGCUGUGGCAGGGGCUGAAUUUAUGAACAGAAUCUUUUACCCUGUUAAAUUUAUAAAGACAUUCUUUCUGUGAACCAACUUUACAUGUAUACCAAGUGCUUUAUUCCACAAGCUGCAACUCAGCAGUCCUCGGUUUGUCGGUUUUAGCUGUCCUCACUCAGUGAAAGUUAUCUUUUCAGUUAAUCACACAGAAAUCUGUUCCACCCUGUUCUGGUUGGCAUCAACCUUAUUUCAUUGCCAAAAGAAUGAUGCUGUCGGCCUCGUGUGUUUACGUCUAACUGUAGUUAGGGAGUGUGGAUGUUUGAUUCACGUGGCUUCACAAAAACUUCACGAAACCCUGCAUAUACACAGUUUAUACAAACACACACACACACACACACACACACACACACACACACACACACACACACGUGCACCCACAGACAACACAAAAGUUGUUUUGGAUUUCUUCGAUUUUUGUUGCAUUUUGUUUCUUUGAUUCGUAGUCUCACACUGUAGCACCAGCGCUGUAAUAUAUUUUUGAUGUGUGGAUUAUCAGUUUGAUUUUGUUUUUCUUUCGCUGGCUUUAACAAUGACCCAGAGAUUUAAAAUAUGUUUGUGGUUUGUUACUUGUUGUAUUUUGAUUUUUUUUUGUGUGUGUGUGUGUUUUGUGAGGGUUCUCUUGUCUUAAACAGCUCGGUGGUACAGCACUCAGUAUAUAUUCAUUCAAAAAUACUUUUUCACGCAUAAAUUCACAAGAUAUUCAUAUUAAGUUUGGACUCAUUUGUACAGAGGGAUUUGUUAUAACAAGAUUAAAGUGGCAAUCUCAAAGAGUUUCAUUUAAGUAAGUGUCUUUUCAGUCACUAUCUGUUGCUGAGUGGAGUAACAAUUGAGAUUGAGCCUAUGACCCACUGAUGAGAUUAUAUAGAAGUCUUUGCAUUUUACAGUUUUAUGAACUGGGUGUCUGGUAUGACAACAUGGAACAUGAGUCACUUAUACAAAUGAGUGGUUCAAACCUGAUAAUGAAACUGCGAUCUUUGAAAUUGCAACUUUAAGACUCAGUGAUGCAAACGUCAGAAAUAAACGUUUAAGAGUUCAUCGUUGACCAGUCCUGGGAGUGGGGUUGGUUACAUGGCCAGUAUCACCCUUUGAUGAACUCUGGUCCAACACUACAACAUUGUGAUAUUUCACUUUUGUAAAUAAAAUAUU